UCCUCUGAAAAUGGCUGCGCUCAGAAACCGAGUGGCGUCGGGUCACUUCGCAAGAUGUUUGCUGAGAAACACGGACAGCUUGGGCACCGGUGUGCAUCGAUUCCCGGCGACACAGAGCCCGUGUUUGCAGAGCAUCUCACUGCUUCACACCAUUGGAGGAGGCCGGAGUCACAUGACCACCGCUAUGCUGGGACGACGUCACCGGGGGGUGUUGUCAUUGGCCAGCGCCCUGUCAGUCAGGCAGAACAGCUCGCAGGCUCCAGCUGAAAUGGUUACCACCUCCAGCCCCGCCUUAAACUCAACCCCCAGCCCCACAGCCAAUCCCAGCCCCACGCUGGAGCCCGCCCCUGUAAUUCCCUCACCAAUAGCAGAGCAGGCCACAGAGACAGCCCCCACAGCGUUGGAUGUGCUGCAGGGGGUGGGGCCUGAGCCCAGCCUGGCAGAGCUGGGUUUGGGGAGCUACACCCCCGUGGGGCUGGUUCAGAACGUGCUGGAGUUCAUGCAUGUGGACUUAGGGCUGCCCUGGUGGGCUGCCAUCGUCGCUGGCACGGUGCUGGCCCGGUGUGCAGUUUUCCCAAUCAUUGUGAAGGGGCAGCGAGAAGCUGCCAAACUUAACAAUGUGCUGCCGGAGAUGACCAAGCUGACCAACAGCCUGAACGAGGCCAAGCGCAGCGGCAACAAGUUUGAGUACUCAAAGGCAUACUCUGAAAUGAUGAUGUUCCAGAAGAAGCACGAUGUGAACCCCCUGCGUGGCUUCCUGGUCCCACUCGUGCAGGCUCCUGUCUUCAUCUCCUUCUUCAUCGCCCUCAGGAAGAUGUCCUACCUUCCAGUUCCCAGCAUGCAAAGCGGGGGACUGUGGUGGUUCACUGACCUCACUGCGGCUGAUCCAUACUAUAUCCUUCCGCUGGCAGUGACUGGAACUAUGUUUGCUGUCCUGGAGCUGGGGGCGGAGUCUGGCGUUGAUAACCCGAACCUGCGUACGAUGAAGACCGUGUUCAGGGUCAUGCCCCUCGUCAUCCUCCCCCUCACUAUCAACUUCCCCACGGCCGUAUUCACCUACUGGUUGACCUCUAACGUCUUCUCGCUGGGUCAGGUGGCCCUGCUGAGGCACCCGGCGGUCAGACAGAGGCUGAAUAUCCCUGAGCGGAUCACCCACCCGCCCGCUGCCAUGCCGCCCUCCGAGGGCUUCAUCAAGAGCAUCAAGACCGGCUGGAAGAAUGCUCAGCUCUCCCAGCAGCUGCAGGAGAGAGAGAGGAGGAUCAAGAAUCACCUGGACCUUGCAGCCAGGGGCCCCCUCAGGCAAACUUUCGCCCACAAUCCCCUGCAGCAGACUGCCACGUCCGCGGCAACAGACAAAACAGCCAAUACCCAGGCAAAGGCGGAGCCAAGCAGCGGGAAGAAGAGACCAUGGGAGGAGACAAUUGGAUAGUGCACUGUUGGAGGGAGGAGCCUUUUCCCACUCUCUUAUAUUAAUAAGGAGAGUGGAAAGUGGAAGAGUAGCGAGCAAAUGAGUGUGAAAGUCAGUGAGUAUGAAAGUGAACGAGUGAUUCAGUGAGUGAGUAUGAAAGUGAGCCAGUGAUUCAGUCAGUAAGUCAGUGACUGAAUGAGUGUACAGGCAAGUGAGUGAGUUAAUCAGUGUGAUGGUAAGUCAGUGAAUGGGUGUAAAAGUGUGUGAGUGAGUAUGAA